AUGGGCAUCUCGACCCUCGCAGCCAACGCACUCCCUAUUCUCCUCAUCACUGCCACCGCGCAAGCGCAAUACGGCCCUGAGGACAACAGAGACGAUGAGACUUUACGAAUCGACAUCCCGCCCCUGUUUCAAACACAAGUGGAACAAUUCAUCAAUCAACGUGUCGCCGGCUCAAUAUUCCUUGACGCUAUCCAACCGGGCUGCAAAUUCGAAACGUUUCCAGCGGGCUUUGGCUUUGAAGAGAGUCUCAAGGUGGAGCCCGCCAUCUAA